AGAAUGCAGAUUGCCUGUUAGCCUUCACAGUGAUAUGAUUUGAAUACAGAAACAAGAAUAUCGUGCUGGAAUUGUACGUGGUCAUUGUGAGACUGAGGGGGCAUCCAAUAGAAACGUAUAAAAUUCAGGGCCGUGCAGAAUAAACACCGGAAAGAUGUUCCUGAUGAUUGGGGAGCCUAGAACCAACCUUCAAGGUUGAAGGAUGCAGUGUAGGACUAAAGACUAAGACGAGCAUAAAUGUCUUCACCCAGGGAGUGGUGAGCUUGUGGAAUUCUCUCCCACAGCAAACAGUUGAGGCCACAACAUAGGACUGAAGUGUUCAAAGAGAAAGAAGGAACAGGGUACUUGUGUGCAUGUUUAGCCAUGAUCAUUUAAAUGUUGAAGCUGGAUCAAAGGGCUGAAUGGACUUCUCCUGCUCUUAUUCUGUCUGACUGUAUUGAUGAGGCAUAUAGUAACAGAGGAGGAAGAACUAUUCCCAACAUCAACUGGGGUAGUCAUAGUGUGAAAGUUUUGGAGGAAUGGAAUUCUUAUCGUGCAUCCAGGGCAGCAUUCGAAGCCAGUAUGAAGAAGACCCUACCAGAGAAGGAACAGUACUGGACUUAGGUAAUUGAAGCCAAGCAAGUAGCUGGAACAUCAGUUAGGGAAUCAGUUGCAGACAUUGAUAGUAACUGUGUUAGAUUCAAGAUUGUCUAUCACUGGACAAGGAUGGGCAUGGAAUCAAAGUUCUGAACCAAUGGAAGGCAGAUUGUAAUAAGAUUGAAUAAAAUUUGGCUAGAGUGGGCUGAGAGCAGAUACCUUUCAGUAAAUGUGUGUCACAUCAGUGGGAUACAUUGAAGAAGGAAGUCGAGAGUUCCAAUAUAGUCGAAGGCUGGGACCAACAAAUCUUGUGAACUCUGGAUAUACAGGAUUGGCUAAAGAGAAGAAUGGAGGCAUUUAGCAGCUACCAAAGGUUCAAAACAGCAGAAGCCUUAGCUAAGUACCGAAUGUGCAGGGGGAGUCUUAAAAAAAAGGAAAUUAGAGCAAUAAAGGGACUUGAAAGGAUAAUUGGCAAAAUAUAAGUGAAAGGGGUGACAUGGGUUUGGAAAUCAGAAAGAAGGACUGUGAUAUACUUUUUAAAAAGUUCGCAUAGAAAGAGAGGAAGCUUCUGAUUGGUCUGGCAGGCUUAAAAGCAGAAAUCUCCUGGGCCAGAUGAAAUGUAUCCCAGAUUGAUUACAGGAGGAUAUAGACAGACUGGCUGAUCUGUAGCAGUUGGAAUUUAAUCCAGAUAAGUGAGAGGUGAUACACUUGGGCAAGGCAAAUGAGCCAAUGGAAUACAUGAUGAACAAUGAUGAACGAGGAUCGGAGUGAUCUUGCUGUGCAUGCCCACCCAUCCCUUAAGGUGCCGGCUCCAGCAGAAGAUUUUCAAAUUGCAGAUAGUGAAAUUGUUGAGCGGAUAUUAGAAGGAGAGGAUUUACAGUCGGGAAACUGCAACUGAUCAGGAUUUCACAGAGUGGCCCAAUUCGGUGUAACCUGAAUCUCAUUGGAUUUUGAACAUGGAAGGAGAAAACACCAUUGACAGCAGUGAGAAACUGUAUGUGUGUAGUGUGUGUGCACGAGCGUUCAACCGAUCAUCUGACCUCUCGAAACAUAAACGGAGUCACAAAGAGAAACUGUGGAAAUGUGGGGACUGUGGGAAUGGAUUCAGAUCCCCGACUGAACUGGAAACUCAUCGGCGCAGUCACACUGGGGAGAAACCAUUCUCCUGCUCUGAAUGUGGCAAGGGAUUCGGUCAGAAAUCCCACCUCCAGAGACACCAGCGAGUUCAUACUGGGGAGAGACCAUUCUCCUGCUCCGAGUGUGGGCAGGGAUUCACUAAUUCCUCCAACUUGCUGAUACACCAGCGAGUUCACACUGGGGAGAGGCCGUUCAUCUGCUGUACGUGCGGCAAGGGAUUCACUUUGGCUUCCAGCCUCCAGACACAUCAACGAAUUCACACCGGGGAGAGACCAUUCACCAGCUCCUAGUGUGGGAUGGGGAUUCUCCGACACAUCCAGCUUGAUGACACAUCGGUGAGUUCACACUGAUGAGAGUGUUUUCCUGUUCCCACUGCAGGAUGGUGUUGAGGCGUUUAUCUGAACUGACUGUACAUCAGCAGACUGCCUGUGAAUAAGCUGAGUGAGGGGAUUCACUGAAUCUGCCACCUUGUGGACAGUUCACACUGGGGAGAGGCUGACUCCCCCUGCACCAAGUGAGGGACAUAUUCACUCUGUCAUCCAGCCUGCUGAAACACUAGUGAGGACAUUGUGUGAAGAAUCUGUUCACGUGCUGAAUGUGGAAAAGCAUUCACUCAGUCAUCCAGCCAACUGAGAAACCAUCGGGUUUGCACAGGGGAGAAGCCUUUACAAUGUCCAAACUGAACGAAGUAUUUGAAAAGUUCCUGGGAGCUGACCUCCCAUGUACUUGUUCACAUUGACGUGAGUCCAUGUCAGAUGCUCUUACUGCAGGACUGAUUUCAGGUGAGGAACUCACCCCACUCUACAGCAGUGAGUUCACACUGGGGAAAGGAUGUUCACCUUCUCUGUGUCGGGGAAGGGAUUCAUUUGAGUUAUGGAGACAGCUGAAAUGCCAGUGAGUUCCUGAGUAACUACAGUGAUGAAAGAUGUAUAAUUUAUAUAAAUUCCAGUCUUGGAAGUUGGCUUUUACGAUGGAGACACUGAAAGUUUUCUUUAAAAUAAAAAAUGAGUCUUUGUGAAACAGUGACCUUCCUCCAGCACUGCUCAGAAAGCAAGUGGCUGUGGAGUUAAUGGGAAAUUGUUUAGACUCUGUUGAUUUACAACAUGAGCAAACAUCAAAGGACAUUAUCUUGUUUUCAGUUCAGAACAAUCAAGGAUUGAUUUUAGUUUAUAAACCCAGGGUUAGAAGGUAUUUUAUUCAUUUUGGAGAUCUGACUGUGAUCAGAAUCAAGUUUAGUCUCUACUAUAUAGAGCUCAGAAUAAUUCGGUGGGAAAAGGAACAAAAAGUCAGCCGAGUAGAACUUCCGAACCAAGAGAGUUUGGUUUGAGCUCUGAAGGUAUUAAAAGCAGAAAAUGUUUAUUCUGAGAUUUGAGAGUAUUCAUGAAAGAAAAUUCUAUAGUUCACAGGAAAAGUUUGGGCCAAACCAGUUCAGAUAUAACUUAGAGAUUUAAUAUUGGGUGUAAUUUCUCUGGAUUAAAUUCUGUGUAAAUUGAUGUGGGCACACAGUUGCAGCAGGUAAUCAGGAAGGCUUAUGGAACAUUGGCACUUUAUUUCAAGGGGGUUGGAGUUUUGGAGUUGGGAUGUUUUACUGCAACUGUACAAGGUGCUGGUGAGACCACAUGUCGAAUGCUGAGAAUAGUUUUGGUCCCCUUUUAGGGAAGGAAAGGUAUCAUUUCAUUUAAGGUAGUUCAGAGAAUGUUCUCCAGGAUGUUCCCUUGUCCAGAGGGACUGUCGUAUGAGCAAAGGCUAAACUUGUUGGGAGUCUACUCACGAGUUCAGAAGAAUGAGAAGUGAUGAAACAUAUUAGAUGAGGCUUGAAAGGAUUUUUCACCUCAUGGAAGAAUCUCAGACCAAAGAGCAUAGUCUCAGAAUAUAGGGCCACCACCAAUUUAAGACUGAGAUGAGGAGGAAUUUCUUCUGUCAACAGUUGAGAGCCUCUGGAACUCGUUGCCACGGAACAGUGAGGCAAAGUGGGGCCUUGUGUAAAUUGAAGGCUGACAUAGUUUCUUGAUGAAGGAUUAUGGGGAAAUCACAGAAAAGCAACCAUGAAGAAUGUCAGAUCAGCUCUGAUCCUGUAGAAAUGGCAGAGCAGAGCAGGCUCAAGCGGCCGAAUGGUGCUGUUGGGAACAUUGUUUUUCUCUCUGUUUUUGUCUUGUGUAAUAAACAAUCUGUUUUUUGCUUAAAAAA